AUGUCCUUCAUAUGCUUUAUAGGCCAGAUAGAACUUUUUUUCACAUGUGCCGGUGCUUCGAACUUUGUGGAGCAUUUGAAGAGUAAAAAAUUCAAUGUCUGUGCUGUUUGCUUGAUUGAUUCACAGUUCAUCACGGAUGUGACCAAGUUUAUCAGUGGAUGCAUGGCAUCUCUUUCUGCAAUGGUACAACUUGAAUUGCCUCAUGUUAAUAUCCUCUCCAAAAUGGACCUCGUAACCAACAAAAAGGAUAUUGAAGAUUACUUGAAUCCGGAGCCUCGUGCCUUGUUGUCAGAACUGAAUCAACGCAUGGCCCCACAGUUUUUAAAGCUAAAUAAAGCUUUGAUUGAACUGGUGGUUUUGAAAGGUACCGUAUUUGCCCUAAAUCUAAAAGCUGUACAACUGAGUAGAGUUCACGCUAAUCUCAAUUCAACGCCGCCUCACCCUCGCGUCACACACAAUGCCUACUACGUUGCGGAUGCGCGACUUAGCAACGCGGACUCCUCCUCACCUCACUGUCGCUCUCUAGUCUCUCUCUUCACGCAAUCGUCGGCGUCGGCCGUCGCUCUCCACGCAAUCGUGGGCCGUCGCUCUCCAGUUCAUUAG